AUGGGACUCUUGUCUAAGUUAGAGCUACUGAAGCUCCAGGCCGACAAGAGAAUGGCUAAGGAUGUGUUGUAUGACGCUCUGAGCUUGAUUCAGGAGAGAAGGCGAAUAGAAGUCUUCUUUGAUUAUGUGUUUCGGGAAUUCAACCUCAACCGCUUCCCUGCUCUCAAGACCAUCUUAUUCAAUAUGGAUGACAUUAUGAUGCAGGAAACCAGAAAAUGCAGGUUAAAGCCCAUAUGCUACACUGAACUGUCAGAUCAUGACUGGGAAUUUAUUGGUGAUGGGAAAAAACAUGCAGGUGUAAAGUCCUCACUCCUGCAGAAACUGGAAAAAGUGCAACACCAGGAAUACACAGUCCACAUCUCUAAAGAUGGCAACAGGAAUAUUACAAGGAAACAUAUCAAAGAUGCUAAGAAUGUUAAAGUCAGACUGGAGUAUCCCAAACAAAUCUUCAAUGAUGAAUUUCCUGUGAGAUGUGGUGACAAGAAGGGGACCUUCAUGAGAGAACACUGGGAUGGAGAACCCAGUAUUGACAAAUGCAUCAAAUGCGACGGAAAAAUGUUUACUGUGAUCAAGUUUGAAAAAUAUGGAGGAAAAGAGUGCACCAAGAACUGGAAGAAAAGCAUUUUCUAUGGCAGGAUCCCAAUGGAAAAGCUAUUCCAGCUCAGUAUCCUGAAAUUUCCCAGCAACAUUAGACGGAGACCACUACUAUAA